GACUAUAUUAUGUCGACAUCCUUCUCCCUCAGAAGUAGCACCGUCCGUCGCCCUCAUCAGUGGAACUACUCAUCUUACCUUCUUUUCUUCUCAACCCUCCCCCCCUCCUUUCCAGUCCUUACAAGAGCUGCGCUCUGUUCAAUUCGCUUUCCCGACCUUCAUUCUCCGGCUUUUCACUCCCUAGAGGACGUUCUCCAACAACAGAGACUAGAAUAAUUAAGAAAGCUUCAUUCCUUCCCACACACACAUACACAUCACCUUCACCAUGAAGACCGCCUCCAUCCUGCUCUUGACCGCUGGCCUGGUGUCGGCGGUGGCCGUGCCCGCCAACCAGCUUGCCGAGCGCAGCCCGGAGCAGCUCAAGGCGCUGCCCAACGCCGCCGCGCCGGCCGUCCGCCGCUCCGAGUGGUACGUCCGCCAGGAGGAGCAGGCCCCCCCGGCCGACGACAGCGUGCCCGCCCGUGGCGGCAUCGUGGGCGGGAACCAGGAGCAGAACAACCAGACUCAGGAGCAGAACAAGGACCAGAACAACCAGAACCAGAACAAUCAGAACCAGGGGCAGAACAAGGAUCAAAACAAGGACCAGCAGAACAAGGACCAGAACAACCAGAACAAGGAUCAGAACAACCAGAACAAGGAUCAGAACAACCAGAACAAGGAUCAGAACAACCAAAACAAGGAUCAGAACAAGAAUAAGGACAACAACAACAAGAACAACAACAACAACAAUAACAAUAAGAACAACAACAACAACAACAAGAAUAACAACAACAACAACAACAACAACAACAACCUCAACCAGGGCUCCUUCAUCCCCCUCAUGCAGAACCUCUUCCAGCAGAUGGGCCUCAGCAACGUCAUCAACCUCCAAGCCAUUCAGAACCUCGCCCUCGCCAACCAAAUCGGCCUCUUCUCGCAGGCGCAGCAGCUCUUUGACCUGCAGAGGCUCGGCAUCAUCUCCCAGCCGCAGGUGGUGGCCGUCCUCGGACAGGGGCUGGCUGGCAACGGCAUCCGCAUCGUGGGCUAGUUGCCGUAGAGAAGCGGGAAAAGGGCGAGUACAGCGCGGCCGUAGAGCCGUGGCCUUGAGUUGGGGGUGGUGGUAAACUGGUGGUGGUGGUGGUUUGUUUCUACUUUGUACGCCGGGCAGGAAGCAUGGGCAAGGUUGCGAGAGGAUCAUGGAAUUUGCUUGCCUUGUCAACUUGAGAGAAAGUUAUUUAUGAAGCUGCGGAAAUCACGAAAAUAUGAUGACGGGAGUUGGGCUCCAUCAAUGG